AACAGCCAAGUUGGAUAUGUUUUUAUCAUCCUGAACCCAUUUUCUACAGUUUAUAAACACACGAAGACGCAUUUUUCCACGAUAAAUGGCCGUUUAAUGCCACGAUAUCACCGAUGAUAACGUGAACAGGAAGACGAGGCGGUGGGCGCAGAGAAAGCUGAGAGCUGCACCCUCUUCGGACCGGAGAUUUAACGGUUAUAUUUAACGAUAGCCACCCGUGUAAACUUUUCUUACCGGGGGAGGGAGAGAGAAGAAGCAGGUCAACAUGACGGCGUCCAACUGGGGUCUCAUCAUGAACGUGGUGAACAGCAUCGUGGGAGUCAGUGUGCUCACCAUGCCCUUCUGCUUCAAACAGUGUGGGAUAGUGCUUGGAACUAUCCUAUUGUUCUUCUGUUCAUGGAUGACCCACAAGUCGUGCAUGUUCCUGGUCCACACAGCCAGCAACACCAAACGAAGGACCUACGCAGGACUGGCCUUCCAUGCUUACGGGAAACCAGGAAAAACACUGGUGGAGACGAGUAUGAUCGGUUUGAUGUUGGGGACCUGUAUAGCCUUCUAUGUAGUCAUCGCUGAUCUGGGCUCAAAUUUCUUCGCUCAGCUGUUGGGUUUACAGGUGACUGGCAGUUUCCGCGUGCUGCUGCUGAUUGCUGUGUCUCUGUUCAUUGUGCUCCCUCUGAGCCUGCAGAGGAACAUGAUGUCCUCCAUCCAGUCCUUCUCCGCCAUGGCUCUCAUGUUCUACACCUUAUUCAUGUUCACGAUAGUGUUGUCGUCUCUGCGCUACGGCAUAAUCUCGGGCUCCUGGGUGGAGCGGGUUCACCUGUGGCGCAUGAAGGGCGUCAUUCAGUGCCUGCCCAUUAUCGCCACAACCUUCUGCUGUCACCCGCAGGUGCUGCCGACCUACGACAGCCUGGAUGAGCCGUCCGUCAAACGCAUGAGCACCAUCUUCACCUCGGCCCUCAACGUAGUCACCAUCUUCUACAUCACUGUGGGCUUCUUCGGCUACGUCAGCUUCACUGAGAACAUCGCUGGCAAUGUGUUGAUGAACUUCCCGUCCAACCUGGUGACGGAGAUGAUCCGCGUGGGCUUCAUGAUGUCCGUGGCCGUCGGGUUCCCCAUGAUGAUCUUACCUUGUCGCCAGGCCAUCAACACCAUGCUUUUUGAGCAGCAGCAGAAGGAUGGGACGUUCGCUGCCGGGGGAUACAUGCCUCCUCUGCGCUUCAAGAUGAUCACCCUCUGCAUUGUGUUUGGCACCAUGCUGGGAGGCAUUCUCAUCCCCAACGUUGAAACCAUUUUGGGUCUGACUGGAGCCACCAUGGGCAGCCUCAUCUGCUUCAUAUGCCCUGCCCUCAUCUACAGAAAGAUCCAGAAGAAUGGCAUCAUCUCUCAGCUGGUGCUUUUUGUGGGUCUGGGCAUCCUCCUGGUCAGCACCUUUACCACCCUUUCGAUCUCAGCUAGCGGCCCCAGGGUCAAAGUCCAAGUUCCUCCUCCUCCGGCGCCUGACAAGAACAACCUGCCGCUACCGGACCUUCCGCAGAUUCACGACAAGCCUCUGAUCAAGAAGCCAGUAGAGAUAGAAAAACCAGAUGUCCCAGCUGUUGAGGAGGCACAACCUGCGAAAAGGGAUCCGGCUGAACCUCCCCAGAUUAAAGGACCAGUGGAAGUACCUGAGAGGAAGAAGGAGGCAGAGGUUCAGCUGGAUCGUCCUGAUGCUGGCGUCGCAGUGCCAGAGGGAGAGGCGCACCGCCACGAGCCACCCAUCCCUCACGAUGAGGUCAUGGUAGACACAAGAAAGAACAAUGCAGAGCUGGAGGAGGACAAGAAACAGCCGGUUGCCCCUGCAGGAGGAGAUGAGCAAGAAGAAAAGCAUGCUGUGAAGUUGGAGGACCAAAAAGAGGCCAAGGGAGAAGAGAAACCGAAGCCUGUAGAGCCCGUCGUGAGGAAAGAGGAAGUGGACUUGGGUGGAGGUGAGGUCCAGUCCAAUGAAGUGCUGGAGAAGCAAGGUGGAGAAGCGGGCAUGAAGCGAGAUGUUCCCCAACUGAAACCAGCAGAUAAGAUUGAUCAAGUGAAAGAUUCUGCAGCCGAACAAGCCGAUAAAGUGGACAAACCUGCGCUCGCCGUAGCCAAACCUCCACUUCCUGAGGGAGAGCAUCACCCCGCUGCAGAUGAGGGUCCGCCUGCAGACGGCAAAGAUGCAGCAGAUGAGAAGAUGGACGAGGGCCAGCUGGACCACGCGGUGCUGCUGAAGGUGAUCAAGGAGCAGCACGAGCAACAAAAGAGACUUCUUGACCAGCAGGAAAAACUGCUGGCUGUCAUACAAGAGCAGCACAAAGAAAUCCACCAGAAUAAGCCUGCUGGGGCCGCUUCAGAAGGAGAGGCAGAGAAAGGCAACCAGGAGCACUUGGAAGGGGUAGAAGGUGGAGCAGCAAAGCCUAAAGACUCUGGCCUGGCCUCAGACAUCAAGCCCAAGGAGGCAGCUGGAGCUGGAGCUGUACAAGCUGGGGUAGCUGAGCCUCACGCUGUGGCCCAGAAUCAAGUCCAGGCUGGGGAUAAGGCUACUCAGGUUGGGGAUAGUAAAGAAGAAGGUCGACCUGCUUACAAAGAGGAUAAACCCGCUAAACCUGUUGCACCGGGGGGAGAAUCACAUAUCCAGAAUGAGCUGGGGGCAAGGGGAGUGCCACUGGGAAAGAAAAAACUUGAUGACCAUCAGCCCGCAUCUCAGAAUGACCUGGCUCAAAUUAAAGAAGAGGAAAACAAACUAGACAAAGAAAAAGAGAAACUUCAAAAUCUCAAAAAAGAAAAUAUGGAGAAAGAGGUUCAGGCAAGAGUGGAAGAACAGCUCGAGAAGGAGAGACAGGAAAAGCUGGCCAAAGAACUGGAGUUAGAGAAGGAGAAACUCGACAAAGAGAGGAUAGAGAAAGAAGUGCAGAUAAGGGUGGAAAAAGAACGACUGGAGAGGGAGAGACAGGAAAUACUGGCCAGAGAACAGGAGUUAGAGAAGGAGAGACUCGAGAAAGAGAGGAUAGAGAAAGAAGUGGAGGCGAGGGUGGAAAAAGAACGACUCGAGAGGGAGAGAAAAGAGAAGCUGGUGCGAGAACAGGAGCUGGAGAAAGAGAGAGAGGCCAAAGCGAAACUCACACAGGAGAAGGCUGCAGAAGAGAGACACCAGCAGGAGAUUCAGAAAGCAGAAGAUGAAAUAGUUUUGAGAGCGAGGAAAGAAAAGGAGGCGGAGGAGGCGAGGGAGAGGGAGAGGGUUGAACAGCUGCAGCAAGCUGUAGAAGCCAAAAACGUUGCACAUGGGGCUGAGAGAGGAGACGGCGAAGCUUUGAAGAAAGGAGGAAGAGACCUCAAAGAGAAAGUCGGCGCUCCGGCGGACCCCGAGGAGGCCGCGGACAACGGGGCCGCCAAAGCCGAGGUUCACCCCCAGGGCUCACAGGAGAGGGUGAGGGACCAGGGAGAGAUGGAUCUAAGGCGGAAGCGUAGGGCAGUUGGACCCAGAGAGGAUGGAGGUCCUGCGGGGACACCCAGGAUGUCCAGGGGGAUGCCUGGGCUGGAGCCCCUGCUGGAGCUGGGGGGCUCCAACCUGCACGCAGCCCUGGAGGAGCAGCUACUGGCUGGGGCGAUGGUGCACUCAAGGCAGAUUAAGCAAGCCUCAGAGGACAAAGAGGCCAAAUAACACACACACACACACACACACACAUUCUCACUUAUUGGUUGGACUCUCCAGAACCUCCUGAUACUGUGGACCAUGAUAUUGUUGCCUUACAUUUUCUCCUGCCUUCAGAACAUUAUGGACAAAGGACCAUUUUUCUUCUUUUCUUGAUGCUUUCUUACAAACAAAUCACAGAACCUUAAAGCAGUCCAAGUGGAUGUUUGCUGGGACAGUUUGCAUCACUCUGGAAAUAAUCCAAAGUCUUUAUUAAAGAGCAGAAAGUAUGUAAAUAUUAACUUAUUUUUGUCUUGUGGCGGAAGAAUUUUGAAGAAGUGACUUUUGAAAUGUACAUAAAUCUAUGCAAAUACAAAUUUAUGGAGUGCAUUGACAGGGAAAAUGUUUCAUGUUUGUAUGUUAGUCACUUUUAUUCCUCUUUUUUUUUUUUCUUCUUCAUUUACCAGCUUAUGGAGUGUUUGUGUGUUUGUGCUGUAUUGUCUCCUGUAUUGUCUUUUUGGUCAGUUUUUGAUAUACUGUAAAUGUUUGUGAUAAUGUUCAUUUUUAUUUACAGCAUAAUGGAAAGCAAUGUGGGUUCAAGCCCUUCUCAUAAGUGUUGUUUCAAAUGAAAGUAACUGUAUUCCAAUUCAUGCUGGAGCUACAACAACAUACAGCAGAUUGUAGCCUUACUGUUUAAUAAACUGUAUACAAAAGAAGCAGCUUGAUUCAGACUGUCUGGAUCUAUGAUUCUAGUCAGUAAUCAUUCCGUUUUCAGUAUCUCUCCUUUUGUUGAUUUUUUUUUCAGUGCCUUGUAAUCCAUAUGCUGCAGUAGUGUUUUAUCAAAGGAAAUGUUUCUCUCAAUUUGUGGUCUUUUGUUUUCUUCCACUGGGCCUCUCUUGCUGUAAACAGUACAGUAAUUAGGAGGAAAUGAGUUCUGAGGUGGAAAGAAAUGUUGAUUAUGUUUGUAGUAACCCAACUUCUCUGAAAAUUCCACCAUCAGUCAGCACUUCAACACAUGUUGGACCUUUUGCUUUUUACAAGAGGCUAUUUUUCUAUGUGUGUUGUUUUUCUGUACAUUUUGCUGAUAAGAAUGAAUAAAAUAUAUAUUACAGCUA